AUGGCUCCUGCUUUGGAGGCCUCCUUCGGAACUGUGGCGGCCGAGAACAGCACCUUUUAUGGCGGCACCUUUGCCGAGGAGGAGGCCCGGACCAUCUAUCCUAGCCGCUGCAGCUCCAUGGCUCAGCCGGGUACCAGGAUGCCAGACUCCUUCCCGCCGCUGCCCAGUCCACCCUGCCGUGGUAGCUUUCAGUGGCAUGGACUUUGCUUGAGAGAUGCGUUUUUGGUCUCCUUUUAUCUUGGUCUGUACCGCAAGUCGAUACAUCAAGAAAAGUUUCGCGAUGCGGCUGUUUUACACAUCUCUUUGUGGGCGCCGGGGCCCGGGCCCUUAGACUGCUCUUCAACAGCGCCCCAAGAAGAGCAGCAGGAAAGCAUCUACCAGGAAUGGUCCGUGCCCUUGCCCCAGCUUCGGCGACUGAACUGGAAAUCAGGCGAUGGAAGGGGCCUGGACUCCUUGUGGUCCUUCAACUCCCGGCACACGAUCGCCUCGAAGCCGAUGAAGAACCUUACGCCUCCAGGGCUCAUUGCUACUGGCAUACCUUGGUUGGAGUAUGGCCCAGGCCAGGCGACUCUUCAGAGCCCCUUCAACUCACCUCGCCGGAGCCCCUCCCCCCUCCCCACACCUCUUCGGCUGGAGCAGGGGAGGGCUUUGGGGCGUAGCCCCUCGGCCAGCCCCAUGAGGGCCCUGAGCCCCGUCAGCCCCGUGAGGCCUUUGAGGCCCCUGAGCCCGAGUCAUGACCGGGCCUGGCAAGCCUCUGCCCCAAGCCCGGUGGGCCCCGUGCAGUCUCCAGUUGUUAUGCGGGCUGUGAGCCAAGCAACCUCCGUGCCAGCACCGAUUCCACUAGCCCCUUCGUCGGAGGCGACGCAGACGGCACGCAGCAGCAUUAGUCGAAUGACUACGAACCCAUGUGUGGGCCGAGUGGUCUACUUGCCUCCCAUCACCGUUCCCGCGUCCGGUCAGACCGAAACGCCCAGUCAAAGCCGAUCGAUUUCGCCAUUGAGAUCGCCAUCUCCACAUAUGGUGCGGCCUCCGAGGAUCAUAAGCGAUGUUGUGAUUCCGGGAGCAACUCACCCGAACGCAGCUGUGGAGGAGCCACUUUCAUGGCUUUCUUUCGGGCUCCCAACAUCCCGAAGAAGAUGCAACUCUUCGACUUAG